AUGGCGACGAAUUCACCGAUUGAUUUGCUUCAUCUACCUGAUGAUAUACUUUUGAACUGCUUAGCUCGUGUCUCAAGAUUGUACUACCCGACUCUCUCCUUAGUUUCCAAGAGAUUAUGUUCUCUCGUUGCAUCACUUGAGCUUUACGAAACCCGGACGCUUUUGGGACGCACUGAGAAGUGUCUAUAUGUGUGCUUACGUUUAAGUUCUGAAACCAAGCCACGUUGGUUCACUUUAUGCCGAAGAUCAACUCCAAUCCCUAGCCCUAGCCCUAGCCCUAGCCCUAAACCUAGCCCUAGCCCUAGCUGUAGCUGUAGCCCUAGCCCUAGUCAUAGCUGUAGCCCUAAUCUUAACCCUUACCUUAACUUACGAGGGUUCAUUAGCUGCUCUCGACCACAACCGAAUCACACUAUUAAUGAUGAAGAGAAGAAGACGUUAAGUAUGGGCAAUAGUAUGGUCUCAGUUCCAACUUGCAAUUAUUAUCCUCCUUUUGGGUGGCCUCGUGGAGCGAUUGGUUCUAAUAUAUAUAUGAUUGGUGGAUACGGCAACGCUUCUUACUCUUCUACGCUCGUACACCUCAUGGACUGCAGAACUCACACUUGGCAAAAAGCUCCAAGCAUGCAGAUGGCUCGAAAACAUCCCCUAGUAAACGUUCUUGAUGGGAAAAUAUAUGUAGUGAAAGGCUGCAGAAAUCUAGAUUCCUCGAAUAUGAUCGAGUUUUUCGAUCCGGAAACCCAAAUAUGGGAGUAUUUGCCAUGCCCUUACGCGGACAUGUGCAAGAGAAUUGAACUAAGAAGCAUAGCGACCAACAGAAAACUUUACCUUUUUACAUGGGAGGCAAGUGUGGUUUACGACCCCAAAGAAAAUAGAUGGGAUGUGGUAGGAUCAUUGGAUAUAAUUUUUGAUUUGAAUUACUCUAAUUGUUCUUCUUGUGUAAUAGAUAAUUUAAUCUAUUAUACUUACGAGUUCUGUACAAGGAUCUGGUGGUACGACCCCGAGAGAAGAUCCAAGGGAACUUUGAAAGGUUUGGAAAAACUUCCUAAACUACCAAGGCAUAUAAGAUUAGUGGAUUAUGGUGGAAAGCUUAUGCUUUCGUGGGAAAAGGAAGAAGAGCUUGCUGAGAAGGUGUUUUGUUGUGCUGAGAUUGAGCUUGAAAGACAAAACGAAGAGAUUUAUGGGAAGAUUAUGUGGCGUGACACUGUGCUUAAACUUUCCAAACCAUAUGAUAUUGUGGAAGUUCUUACCGCUACUGUUUGA